AUGCUUAAGUGGGCGCAAGGAACUCUAUCAGCUGUCACAGGUAUGGCUGAGCCUGAAUAUGGCCCUGACGCCAUCCACCCAAUUACCGACUCUGUUAAAAACAAGAAUCCAAUGAGAUUAACUACAAACGAUGAUUUUAAAUGGAUUGCUCCUUUGACCACCAACGUUGAAACCCAGACUUUUUACUUCACUGAUUUGAAAUCUGGCAAUUUGGGUUUUGCUCAAAUCAUUCAUUCCGUGGUCAGCUCUGUUUAUACUACUGCUCAAUUUACUUUUAGACUUUACAACAAGGAGAAUGAUGAAUUAAAUACAUGGACUUCUACUAAUUUGGAAGACUUUGUGAUAAAGGGUACCAAUUUUUAUGCUAAAAAUUUGUCAAUUGAACUAGUUGAUGAUGGCAACACUUAUGUUCUCAAGUCCGCCGUUACCGAAGAAUCCAUUGUCAACUUGACCGUUAAAAAAAUUGCUCCUGGUGUUCUUGUUGGUAAAGAUGGUACUACUUUGUACGGCACAGAUGUGACCAACCCUUGGGGGUCUAUGAGGCAUGCUUUCUGGCCUAGAAACUCUGUUACUGGUACUAUUGAAUUGAAAUCUAAGGAAAAGAAAAUUGAAAUCAAUGGAUAUUCUAUGUUUGUCGCUGCUAUGCAAGGUAUGAAACCCCAUCAUGCUGCUGCUGCCUGGAAUUUCCUUAAUUUUCAAUCAGAAACUUACUCAGCUGUUCAAAUGGAAUUCACCACACCAAACUCUUAUGCUAAAACAAAAGUUAAUGUUGGUAUUCUUGUGAAAAAUGAUAAAAUUUUGUCUGUUUCAGUCAACAACAAGAUUUCCCAUUUGGAUAAUGAUGUUGAUGAAGUUGGCUGGCCAGUUCCAAAGCGUGUUGAGAUCGAUUUUAAGGGUAUCGAAUCAACCGCUACUGACGAUGAUGUUGAGAAAGGAACUGCCAAGGUUGUGGUGGCCAAAUGUGUGGGUGACUUGAGCACUCUUGUUGAAAGAGUGGAUGUUAUGGGAGAAAUCCCCGGGUUCGUGAAAACUAUCGCAGGUGCUGUUUCUGGAACUAAGCCAUAUAUCUAUCAAUUUGCUAAUGAGCUAACUUUAGAAGUUGAAGAUGAUGGCAAAUCAGAAACCGCAAAAGGCCUAGCUUGGACCGAAGUCACUUUUAUUUCGGACAUUAGUGACUGA